GUGAUUCGAUAGUAAACGCUAGUUCCUUUUUAUACUUUUUCGUGUGUUGCGUGCCAGCCCAUUGGAAUGGCGGAAUUCUGUUUUUGUGCGCGUCAAGCCGAGUGACAUUUGCAUGGCAGUCGAUUAUCCAUAAUACUUCCUAAUUAUCUGCAUUUAUUGUCAUUAAAUCGUAAUGUCCGCCAUAUUUAAUUUACAGAGUUUGCUGACAGUAAUCCUGUUACUAAUAUGUACCUGUACUUAUGUCAAAGCUAUUGUGCCCAGUUUGUUGGACAAGCGAAUGGGGAAAGUUGGUAUCCAGGGUGCAUUUUGGAAGUGUGCUAGGAUCGGCGAAAGAAAGAGCCAAUAUGUGGCAGUGGGUUGCGUCGUGAUGGCCUUCAGUAUUCUGUUUUGGUCAUGAAUCGGGUGUAAGGAUUAUAAGACACUAAGAAGUGCCUUAUCCGUUACAAUGUAAUGGUAUAUUGGUUGUAGUAAAUGCAGGUUUUAAUAAGAAUAAAAAGUAAACCAGUUUUUUUACUAUAAA